UAAAGUACUGAUUAACUGCAUAAGCAAGCAGAAGAAAUAAGAAAUAGUGACUGCAAGGACUUAAUACUAUAUAUUUGCACCAUAUAUAUACACUAUAGUAUAUAUAUACUAUAAUAUAAAUACUGUAUAAAUUAUGGUUUUCUAUAUCCUGAGUGAUUUCAGAACAGAGGGGCCUAGAGAGAUGUCCUUCCUAGCACUGUCACAUUCCCUUCUUUCUUUGGCAUUACAGACCUGGCUAUGAAUGUCAGUCCUGUGGAACCACUGGAAUGGGGUCUCCACUGGGGUUUCCUCUUGUGUCCAUCUGAAAAGCCAGUGUGAACCAGUAUGCCACAUAGGCAGCACAUCACCCCGAGCUCAGCACCCCAGCGCCUGAGCACCCCCACCCAACAGUUUAUACUGCCCUCCACUUACUCCCAGAAUGAAAUUAGAGUGAUGGAUAUAAUGUGGGACACCCAAAAUAGUCUGGGACUUGAUUACCACAGAGGCCACUCCCCGUGUGAUACUGGUGAAGACGGCAGCAAUUGGCUCUCUCCAAGCUCACAGCUCUUUCCUUUAAAAGACAGGGUGGUGGCUGCAGAGGAUUUUCCCUGCAGCAUCCUCAGUCCUGUGGUCUGGUACAGCAAGGGUCUUCUCUUCGGCCUUCAGAGGACAGGUCCUGUAAAAACCAAGGAAGAUGGUGAAGAUUUGCUGUUCUCUCCUCCUCUUAAGUUUGCUCAGUGGGCAACUCAAUGCCAACCCCGGACUGAAAGUGAGGAUCACCCAGAAGGGGUUGCAGUAUGCCAAGGAGGUUGGGCUGGAAAUCCUGAAGCAGAAUAUGGAGAAGGAGCAUUUCCCUGAUUUGAAUGGCUAUGAGAAGUAUGGGCUUGGUAAUGUCAAGUACAACAUCUCAAGAAUACACAUCACUGCUGUUGAUUUCCCCAGCUCUUCCAUCUCCCUUAUACCUGGGACUGGAAUAAAACUGGUGAUUGGAAAUGCUUCUCUAACCAUUGAUAUGAACUGGAACAUCAGAACCUGGAUGUUCAAAGACAGUGGAAGAAGCACAGUGUACAUUUCCAAGGUGUUUGUUACUGCAAUUUUUUCAACAUCCCUGGAUCAUAUGGGUCAUACAUCAAUAUCUCUUACCAGCUGCAGGACAACUUCUGGUGAUAUAGACAUCAAGCUGAAUGGAAAACAUGGCUUCCUGCAUAACUUCUUUAUCAAGUAUCUGAAGAAACCCAUUCACAGAACCUUGGUCACUAACUCAUGCCCCAACAUCAGAUCUGGGAUCCAGUUGAUAGAUAAAGAUCUCCAAUCACUCAAUGUCCUAAAGCCAAUUGAUGAUUUGGCUGAAGUAGACUACUCCUUAAGUAGCUUGCCAGCAGUGUUCCCACUGUUCAUUGACCUGGAUUUAAAGGGCACAGUCUACCCAGCUGGAAACUAUACUGGUCCUCCCUAUGUGGCAGCUCCCUUCCUUAUCCCAGACCAAAGUGACUCCAUGCUCUACCUUGCCUUCUCUGAGUAUUUCUUUCAGACCUCUGCAUUUGCUUACUACACUGCAGGGGCCUUCAACACCACCAUUGCAGAGGAGACUUGCAGCUAUUUUAAUAUAAGCACAGAGAUAUUUGGCAGUAUCAUCCCUGAGGUAGCCAAAUAUUCAGUUACACCCUACCCAGUGAUGUUGAAGCUAAUGGCUACUGAAAUACCCAUCAUCAGCUUAAAGCAGGAUUCCUUCACGGUGGAGAUUCAGGGCUCCAUGGAGGUCUUUGCUGUUCUGCCAGACUCAACCACCCAGUCAUUGUUCACAAUGAACAUAACAGCCAACACCAGCAUUGCUCUGAAUAUAUUUGACCAGAAAUUGAUGGGCUCGCUCUGUUUGAACAGGCUCCAGUUCUCCCUAGCCCACUCCAAUGUUGGCUUUUUUGAGGUAUUGCUUCUGGAGAACAUACUGUCUUACAUUUUACAGACUGAAGUCAUUCCAUCCGCUAAUGCUAAAUUGUCAAAAGGAUUCCCUCUUCCCAAGCUUGCCAAUGUUUCCUUGACGAGACCCCACAUCACAAUUGUACAGGGAUACGUGUUGAUUUCUACUGAUGUCCACUACAAACACUAAAGAAGAAGAGAGACCAUUUGUUAAGCAUGACCUUCAAAUCUAUAAUGUGACACUGAAGGUUACAAACUGUUCAGUUCUGCUGCCACGUGUAACUUGAUGACAAGGGCAAUGUCAUCCUGGCUGGGGGCAAAGAGGGAUGCAGGGAGGCAAAGAAAGCUGAUGGAAUGGUUAGGCUGUACAAUGGUGAAGCUCAUAUGACACAAUGCUUGACAUUAUUUAUUCUGGAGUUUAACUGAUGCAAAAAGAUUGUUAAGAUUAAGGUCUCUCUUGAAAUAAAGUGUUGUAUAUACACUUCCAGAAA